UGCCCCGCGGCGGCCAAGAUGGCGGCGCCCAUGGCGGCGGUGCGUUCCGUACGCUGGGCCGUGCGGGCCGCAGUGGCGGGGCCGCUCCUGCCGGGCCCAGCCCGGUUCCCGCGGCCCGCCCGCUGCAGCGGCAGCAGCUCGGCGCUGGGCAGCAUCCUGGGUAUCCCCGCAGAGAGGCCGCCCGGGGCGCUGGGCCCGCACCCGCCGCCCGUUGCCACCAGCAGAAAGGAACAAGAGCGGUUGCUGCAGGGUCAGCCCGACCAGCCCCGCAACCCCAGGGUCCUGAGGAUCGCCAUCAUCGGGGCGCCCAACGCGGGGAAGUCCACGCUGUGCAAUCGGCUCUUGAGCAGAAAGGUUUUCCCUGUCUCUAAGAAAGUGCACACAACACGGUGCAAAGCCCGGGGUGUUGUCACCUAUGAGGACACGCAACUGAUCAUUCUGGACACACCUGGCCUCACUAAUGCCUUUAAAGUCAAAAGACAUAAAUUGGAUGAAGCCAUGCUGACGGACCCGUGGGACAGCAUGAAACACGCGGAUUUAGUUCUGGUUUUGGUGGACGUGUCUGAUCACUGGACGCGAAACUCCCUGAGCAAGGAGGUGCUGAAGUGUCUGUCUGACUUUCCCCAGGUCCCCAGUGUCCUGGUUCUGAACAAGGUGGAUCUGCUAAAGAAGAAGUUUAUCCUGCUGGAACUAGUUAAUGAGCUAACGGAGGGGAUUGUAAAUGGAAAGAAACUGGAAGUGAGAGCUGCAUUUGAACAGGACUCCAGUUCUUCAGCAAAGUUUCCUCUUCAGAUCACUCAGGCUCCUCCACCUGAGAACAGGGCCCCUGAUUCAAGCCUGGGUCAAGCCCGAGGUGGCUCUGGCUUGGACAACAAUGGUGUGAAGGCUUCAGAGUCCAGCCUUGUCAUAGAAAAACCACAAGGGCCAACUCACGGUGGACCCACAGAUCUGAAAGAGAGGAAAGGCUGGCCGUGCUUCCAGGAGAUUUUCAUGCUGGCAGCUCUCCAUGGCGAGGAGGUGGAUACGCUCAAGCGGUACCUCCUCAUGCAAGCCAAGCCAGGCCCUUGGGAGUUUCACAGCGAGGUCUUGACCAGCCAGUCACCUCAAGAGAUCUGUAAUAAUAUCAUCAGGGAGAAGAUACUGGAGUACCUGCCACUGGAAGUGCCCUACGGCGUGAUUCAGGUGACAGAGAUGUGGGAGGAGGGACAGAGUGGGGAGCUCCUCAUCGUGCAGAACCUCCUGGUCCCAAGGAAGUCUCAUAUGAUGAUGUUGAUUGGAAGAGGAGGGAAGGUCAUCAGCAGGAUUGCUCAGGAGGCCGGCCAGGACCUGAUGAAUGUUUUCCUGUGUGAUGUCCGCUUGAAGCUCAAGGUGGAGGUGAAGAGUUGAGCUCUUUCCCUGUGUUUUAACAGACUUGAGCUUUCUGGUUGUGCAGAGUCCCGUUUGCCCUGUGGGUAUCUCAGCACCUUUGUUCAAUCCAGAAGCAGAGGGUAAUGGAAUCGGAGUAGAGGGCUGAAGUAGAAUAUAUUAUUCUUUGGGGGAACGGCCCAAACUGAAAUAAAAUCUUCACACCUGCCACUCUGUGGAGCCCUUGGCACAGAGGAGAGUGGAGCCCAGCACCCUGCUGAGCUCCACAUGGACCUGGUGGUUGGGGGCUUGAGUUUCCUCUCCCUGUGAGCCUGUGCUCAGGUGUUUGGAGCCAGAAAUCCAGGUAAAUCCCUAUGUGCUGUUAUGCAUUAACAUCCCUGAGCAAGGAGAGCCCGGGCUGCUGCCCCAACAGUGAGGAGAUCUGGGGUUCUGCUCCUGCCUGGAACUUGUGGAGCAAAUCUGUGCCAACCAGCACAAGGUCAAGGAGCUGAUUUACCAGCACUGAGAAAAAAAUCCUGUAUCUGAGCUGCUGGAGAGUAUUCCACUGACAGGGAUGCAUUGUGGAUCAUCCAGGAGCCAGGAGGAGAAGCUGCUGUUGAGGGGCUGCCUUGCCUCCAGGACACUGGAAUGCUGCUGUUUUGUAUUUCCCUUGCAAUAAAAUGAGGUCCCAGCACAAC